AUCCAACCAACCCUAUCCUUUUCUUACCCAACCAACUACCCUUUCCUUUUUUUGAAAAUAAAUCUUUCUUAACAAUGGUCGCUAAAACAUUUAUCCUCUUUGCCAUCUCAUGUGUCACCGCUGUUGCCUCUGCCAGUGAUAUCUUCUCUACCUUGGACACCACCUUAAAGCAAGGAAACGGUAACUUCAUCAUUCAAUUGAGUGAUGCUACCUGUAUCAAGGAUUUUGUUCCCAAAUUCAUUGACAACGCUCUCGAUGUCUACACUCAAGCCGCUGGUGCCGGUCAAGUAGCCAAGAGAAAUAACAACAAGAUUGUUCGUCGUGAUACUGAUGCCGAGCAAGUCCACGUCUUUGAUGCUUAUGACUUUGGAUCUCAGUUCAAGGCUAUCACUGUCAAGUUUGAAGAUCUUGAUCUCGUCAAGGCCUUACUGGAAACCUUCGAUACUGAAAUCAUCAAGAUCAUCCCUGAUAUGGAUAUCAAGUUCGAUUUACCCACCCUUGCUGUUCGUGGUUCCAACAAAUACCACGCCAAGAGAGCUACUGCUCAACGUGCUGGUAAUUUCCACUUUGACAGCUACAAGCAUGAUGCCAACUGUCCUCAUGCUCAUGAUGAUGAAGAAAUUGUUGAGAAAAGAGCUGUCAGCGUUCCUUCCAAUGCUACUGCAUCUGCCACCUACGUCUCUCAAACCGGUGCCCAAUGGAAUUUGGCCCGUAUCUCUGAAAGAAGUCUUGAUUUAACCAAGCCUUACAUCUACGACUCCACUGCUGGUUCCGCUGCUUACGUCUACAUUGUUGAUGAUGGUUUGAACACUGCUCACAACGAAUUCGAAGGUCGUGCUACCUGGGGUUUCUCUGCCUACACCGGACAAACCAAGCUUGGUACAGGUCACGGUACUCACGUUGGUGGUAUUGUUGGUGGUAAGACUUAUGGUGUUGCCAAGAAGACCAACUUGAUUGGUGUCAAGGUUCUCGAUGACACAGGAAGUGGUGCUAUCUCUGCCAUUUUGGCCGGUCUCCAAUUCGUUACUAAUGAUGCCAAGAAACACGUCGGUAAGAACAUUAUCAACAUGUCUCUUGGUUUGGAUACCAACGGUGCUACCAACCCUACCUACGAUUCCUUCAACACUGCCAUCACUGCCGUUGUCAACGGUGGUAUUCCUCUCAUUGCUGCUGCUGGUAACGCUGGUCUCACUACCUGUCAAGCUUUGCCUGCCGGUAACCCUAAUGUCUAUGCUGUUGCCGCCACUGAUAAGACCGAUACUCAAGCUUCUUACUCUAACUGGGGUUCUUGUACUCAAAUCUACGCUCCCGGUUCCAGCAUUCUCAGUUCUUACAUCUCUGGUGUCUCUUCUACCGCUACUCUUUCCGGUACCUCUAUGGCCUCUCCUCAUGUUGCUGGUGUUGCCGCCCUCUUGAUCAACUCAUUAUCCAACCCUUCUCCUGCUCAAGUUUAUGCCAAGCUCAGCUCUCUUGGCACCACCGGUAAGGUUAAGUCUGUUUCCAGUGGUACCCCUAACGUCCUCUUGUUCAACGGUCAAACUCAAACCACCAACUAAAUAAUUUGAUAUAAUUUAACUUUCUAUAUUAAAUAUCUAUCAAACAAAUAUUUUUUUUUUAAUAACAAUAAAAAAACCCUUUUUUAGUUUUUCAUCUGAAAAAUUAAAGGAAAAAAAA